CUGAGCGCCCCACGUGACUGUCCAAGGCAGAUGUUUCCUGCUCCCUGGGGAAUGCUGUGUCAGUGGCCAGGCCAGCCGCAGAGCUGACAUCUCCCUGACCCACCAUGGGCCCCAACCUGCUCAUGCUGUUGCUGGUGGGACUGGCAGGCCAGGCCUCCACCAGCUUCCCGGAAGUGCUGCAGGCCCCCGUGGGGGGCUCCAUUCUGGUGCAGUGCCACUACCGGCUCCAGGACGUCAAGGCUCGGAAGGUGUGGUGCCGGUUCCUGCCCGUUGGGUGCCAGCCCCUGGUGUCCUCGGCUGUGGAUCGCGGAGCCCCGGCGGGCAGGCGCAUGUUUCUCACGGACCUGGGGGGCGGCCUGCUCCAGGUGGAGAUGAUUACCCUGCGGGAGGAGGACACCGGCGAGUACGGCUGCGUGGUGGAGGGGGCGGCGGGGACCCAGACGUUGCACAGGGUGGCCCUGGUUGUGCUCCCUCCAGCUCCUACCCCGAAAGAGGAGGAAGAGAACUAUAAGGUUGGGAGUCUGGCUGACGGCCCCUUCUCAGACAUCGUGGGCAGUGCCAGCCCUUUGGAACCCAGCCAGGAUGAGAAGAGCAUCCCCUUGAUCUGGGGCGCUGCGCUCCUGCUGGGCUUGCUGGUGGCAGCAGCCGUGCUAUUCGCUGUGAUGGCCAAAAGGAAAGGGACCAGGCUUGGUGUCUGUGGCCAAUCUCAGAGCAGCAGAGUUUCAGGCAAGGCCUCCUCCUCAGUGGUCCACCACAUCAGUGACUCUGGCCUUGGAGUUGAUUUUCCAUCGGACAUACCGUAUGCUAGGCUCGACUCGCCACCUUCCUUUGACAAUACCACCUAUAGCAACCUACCUUUUGAUCCCCCAUCAGAGGACUCUCCAUCCCCAGCCCAAUCCUCAUCGCCUCCUCUGCCUCCUAAAGUCCUGAUGUACUCUAAGCCUGUGACAUAUGCCACAGUUAUCUUUCCUGGAAGGGACAAGGGUGGAGGGGCCACCUGUGAGCCAACCCAAGAUCCACUGACUAGCCAAACGCCACCCAGCUAAGCUGUUCAUCAUACUAUUACCACAGAGACCAUCCCCAGAGUUCUAUGCAUCCAGCCAGCCAGCCCAUACCCUAGAUCCUUAGUAUAUCAGAACAGCUAGGGACUUUAGGAUCUAAUCUAACAUCUUGACUUUUCUGAUGUGGAAAGUGAUACUUAUAUGUGAUUGAGAUAUGCUAGGAACGAACCCCCCAUGCUGGUUCCUCUGCCCUUAAACCACUGAGGUAAAUAAACUCUGAAUGAUAAUA